GUGAUCUAGUAAAAUGAAAGUACUUGCUGGACCGUAAGAGUACGGGACAGGACGGUUGCCUAGUUUGCCAGGAUAUCCUGUCAUCGCCAAGUCGGUCCUUAUAAAGAGGAUGCCGAUAAGCCACAGAUGCCGGCAUAUAUAAGGGUAGAAUUAUAAUCAUGACCUCAUUUUGGGGAGAUUCUGGUGGAUUUAUGAAUGAAGAUGAAGAAAAUGAUGAAGGAGAUUCAACUGCAGCAUCGUGGGAAGUUGGAAGAGAUGGCUUGAUAUUUCUAAUUGAUGCUACUAAACCAAUGUUUACGAAGGUGGAAGAUGGCAAUGAAAGUGCUUUUGAGAUUUGUCUAAAGUGUGCUCAUAAUGUUUUGAUGAGCAAAAUUAUCAGCAGUGACAAAGAUCUUGUGGGUAUCAUCUUUUUCGGCACAGAUAAGCACAAGAAUUUAAACGACUUUAAAAAUGUUUACAACUUUCAGGAACUUGACCUUCCUGAUGCUAACAGGAUUUUAGAAUUGGAAAAUUUGAGCAGUCAUGGAUUGAACAAAUUCAAUGAUACAUUUGGACAUUGUAACGAAUUUGAACUUGCAGAUGCAUUGUGGAGUUGUUCCAAUAUGUUUGCAAACAGUACAUACAAGCUCGCUCAGAAGCGAAUUCUUUUGUUUACAAGUACUGAUGAUCCUCAUCGAAGCAAAAGAGAUGUUAAAAACCGUGCUGUCAAAAAAACAAAAGAUUUGGCAGAUUUGGGUAUAGAAUUGGAAUUGUUGCAUUUGAAGCAAGGAAACGAUGUUUUUGAUGUAAAGAAAUUUUAUCGAGAUAUCAUUAGUGAAGAGGAAUUCGAUGGUUUAUCUGAUCCGACUGAAAAAUUUGAAGAGCUGCUUACACGGGUUCGCUCGAAAGAAUUCAAAAAAAGAGCCGUCACGCGAAUACCGUUACAAUUAGCUGAAAACCUGGCCUUGAGUGUUUCCGUAUACACAUUAAAUCGACCGGCAACAAAAGGUGCUUACGUAAAAUUGGACAGUAGAACGAACGAAGAAGUGAAAUGUGUCACCAAGUACAUGUGCGCCGAUACUGGACACGAGUUAUUUCCAACGGAUAUUAAGUAUUAUCAGGAAUUUGGUGGAGCAAAAGUGAUAUAUGAAAAGGAAGAAUUAGAUCAAAUGAGAAACUUAGUGAAGCCUGGAAUCCAUUUGAUUGGAUUCAAGCCUCGGAAAUAUUUAAAAGAUUAUUACCACGUAAAAGGAUCAUCGUUUCUUUAUCCUGACGAAAGUAUGGUGGCGGGUAGUACGCCCUUGUUUAGCGCCCUUCUGAAACGCUGUCUGGCUAAAGACGUCACCCCAAUCUGUGUGGUUGCGACGAGGGCUUCCAUUGCGCCAAGAUUAGCCGCAUUGCUUCCGCAAGAGGAAGAAUUUGAUGAAAACCAUAUCCAAACUAAACCGCCUGGUUUUCACAUGGUCUAUCUGCCAUAUAGUGAUGAUAUUCGAAAAGUAAAGGUGGAGAGCUGUCCUAAAGCAACUGACGAACAAAUCGACAAAGCGAAGGAGAUGAUUGACAAGUUGAAGUUCAAAUACACACCGGACAUGUUUGAAAAUCCAGCUAUUCAAAAGUUCUACCGUUGCUUAGAAGCGUUUGCGCUAGAGCGUGAUGAAGUUGAAGAAUUUCAAGAUUUGACACUACCAAAUAAUGAAACUAUUGACAACAAAGCUGGCAUUGUAAUCAACGAAUUUAAGGAAAUGGUUUUUCCGAAAGAUUACACGGAUGCAGUAGGAACUAAACGAAAAGCAACUUUGGCUACCGGUGGCGCGUCUAAGAAAACAAAAACAGAAAUGGUAGACAUAAAUAUGCAGGAUGUGGCUUUAAAAGGGAACUUGAACAAACUCACAGUUGCUGUAAUGAAAACUUUUUGCCAGGCGAACAAAAUCAAAUCAAUUUCACAGAAGAAAGCUGAUCUAAUCAGCGCGAUUAAUAACCAUUUUUCGAUUGGUUGAAAAAGAUGAUGACGUGUCUCGAGUAUUAGACCUCGUUUGAUAUAAAGUUACCUUAUGUCGCGAGAACGGAUAAAUACCAUUGUGUCCCCUUCAUUGCACGAUGUUGAAUGUUGUUUAUAUUGAAAAAAAAUAUAUAUAGUAGUCA